AUGAAGCUCUCAAGUGCUACGUAUGCUCUCACUUGUGCGGCAAGCUUGGUGGCUGGUCAAGCUCAAUGGCCAGUACACAAUAACACCUUGAACUCCGUCGUUGAGUGGGAUCACUAUAGCUUUAUCAUCAAUGGCCAGCGACUCUUUAUCUGGUCCGGAGAGGUUCACUAUUGGAGAAUUCCCGUUCCAGAGCUGUGGAUUGACAUUCUCCAGAAGGUAAAAGCUGCCGGCUUCAACACCGUUAGUUUCUACGGAAACUGGGGUAAGACUGCCCUGCCUACCCUACCCAACUUCCUAAUCUCCAACGUCUCACAGCCUCUAGGAUACCACAGCGCCUCAGAAGGCUCUCUGGACUUCGAGACGGGCGCCCAUAACUUUGAAAAGCUCCUCGAAAUUUCAAAAGCAAUUGGCCUCUACGUCCUCUUCCGUCCCGGGCCGUACGUCAACGCCGAAACCAAUGCAGGCGGGUUGCCAGGAUGGGUAACCACAGGUGCCUACGGGACACUCCGCAACGACGAUACACGGUUCACAGAGGCCUGGACGCCGUACCUCAAGAAGUACUCGGAGAUAGUGGCCAAACAUCAAGUCACGAACGGUGGCAACGUGUUCAUCUACCAGAUCGAGAACGAGUACGGCAAUCAAUGGAUCAACGUAACCGCCAAAACACCAAACGAUCCCGCUAUCGCAUACAUGGAGCUCCUCCAGAAGUGUGCAAGAGACGCUGGAAUAGACAUCCCGCUAGUUCACAACAAUCCAAACGUGAACACCAAGUCUUGGUCCAAAGACUACGGCGCGGGUGUGGGUGGAAACGUGGAUGUCUAUGGACUGGAUUCAUACCCUUCGUGCUGGAGCUGCGAUGUGACGGAGUGUACGGGCACGAAUGGGAACGUGCCGGAUUUUUCGCUAUUUGGCUACCAGAGCAACUUCCAGGAGGUGGCGCCCACGCAGCCGAGCUUCCUGGCCGAGUUCCAAGGGGGAAGCUAUAACCCGUGGGGCGGCCCUGAGGGAGGGUGUGUGAACACUACGGGCCCGGACUGGGUCAAUGUCUAUUAUCGGCAUAAUGUGGCGCAGAAAGUAUCGGCGAUAAACGUGUACAUGAGUUUUGGGGGCACCAACUGGAGCUCUGCCAUUCCCACUGGCGAAAGCAGGACCAUCCGACCCAAAUAUCACGAAACCAAGCUCUUCGCGCAAUUCCUCCGCGUCGCCCGGGACCUCACCAAAGUCAACCUGAUCCGCAACAGCAAACUGUACGCCUCCGACCCCGCCAUCUUCACCUCCGAGCUGCGCAACCCAGACACGAACGCUGGAUUCUACGUCACAGUCCACUUCUCGUCCCCUUCGCGGGAUCUGACGCCGUUCAAACUGACCGUGGCGACGACGAUGGGAAACCUCACCAUUCCCAUGUACGCGGAAAGCAUCGUGCUGAACGGGCGAGAAUCCAAGAUCGUCGUGACGGAUUUCGCCCUCGGCAAGCAGAAGCUCGUCUAUUCGACCGCCGAAGUCCUGACAGUCUCGACGCAGGACGAGACGCCGCUGCUCUUCCUCUGGCUCCCAGCGUCCGAGAGCGGCGAGUUCUGGCUCUCGGGCGUGCGUUCGGCUUCUCUGCUCAAGAAAGACGGGUGUUCGAACUUCCAGGUCAACGAGACGAGCGGUGGCCUGGUCAUCUCGUAUAAGCAGCUGCAAGGCACGUGUGUAGUGAAGUUCGACAAUGGGUACCGAGUCGUCCUGAUCGACAGGUCGGCGGCUUAUGGGACCUGGUUCCCGAGCACGUCGAGUGAUCCUUUCACCCCUGAGGAUUCGACGGUCAUCGUACUCGGGCCCUACCUCGUCCGCUCCGCGGCAAUCUCCGGCGAGGUUCUGGAGCUGGAGGGGGAUUGGACGGGCAGCACGUCCAUCGAGAUUUUCGCUGCUUCCGCCAUCUCGCGCGUCUCGUUCAACGGCGAGAGCGUGGAGGUGUCGCGGACCGGCUACGGGAGUCUCGUGGGCACGCUCGGGACGUCGAUCCAUACUAUCGAGUCUAUCCGGGCCGGACUGCCAGCGUUGACGGGAUGGGAAGUCGCCGAUGGCUUCCCCGAGCGGCUGGCCGAGUAUGAUGACUCCAAGUGGACGGUUGCGAACCAUACCAGCACGGAGAACCCGACGAAGCCAGCGACGUCUCCUGUGCUGUGGGCGGACGAUUACGGGUACCAUUACGGAGCCCUCAUCUAUCGCGGCCACUUCCCCUCCCCAUCCAACACCACCACCACCACCACCACCACCAUCACCGGCGUCAACAUAUCCGUCAUCGCCGGCAUCAACAGCGGCUGGUCCGCCUUCCUCAACGGCGUCCACGUCGGCUCCUGGCCCGGCUCCAGGGAGAUCACGCAGUCCUCCCUCGCCCUCUCCUUCGCCAACGCCACCCUGCAAGCGAACAACGUCCUCACUCUCCUCAUCGACAACAUGGGCCACGACCUGACCUCGGGCGCGACCAACCCGCGCGGCAUCGCGAGCGCCACACUCCUCCCGACCGAAACCGCGGCCCUCUUCACCGAGUGGAAGAUCGCCGGCGCCGCCGGAGGCACCAGCAACAUCGACCCCAUCCGCGGCCCCUACAACGAAGGCGGCCUCCACGGCGAGCGCCUCGGCUGGCACCUCCCCAACCUGCCCGCCUCCUCCUUCCCGGUCACCUCCUCAAACUCCUCCGCCGGCUCCAGCAGCACUACCUCGCUCCGCCUCCCCUCCAAAGCAGGCCUCACCUUCCACCGCACCACCAUCCCCCUCACCCUCCCCCCGAACCUCGACAUCAGCCUCAGCCUCCGCCUCUCCUCUUCCUCUUCCUCUUCCCCCUCUUCCCCCCUCCCCCCCCUCCGCGCCACCCUCUACAUCAACGGCUACCAAUUCGGCAAGUACAUCCCCCACAUCGGCAACCAGGUCUCCUUCCCCGUCUUCCCCGGCAUCCUGGACUACUCCGGCGGCCCGAAUACCCUAGCUGUGAACGUGUGGGUGAUGGCUGAUGCCGAGGCCGAGGGGGGAGACGAGGGCUUGGAGCUGCGCAUAGACUGGGACGUGGUCGCCGUGGUGGAGAGCCGGGUGCUGGCCGAGGUGGUGGCGGGGACGGAUUACUUGCGGCCGGGCUGGGAGGAUCGGAGUGCGUAUUACUGA